GACGCGUCGGUCUGCUCACAUCCAGGCAUGCGCUCUCUGUUCGCGCUGUUUGCGCUGGCGGUCGCCGCCAGCGCCCAGAAGGUCCCCGACAGCGGGUACCUUCUGACGGCGCCCAAGGUGCUGCAAGCCGGUACCUCUGAGCGGGUAUGUCUCACCCUCUUCAACCUAGCCGGGCCGCAGCGGCAGCUGAAUCUCGCUUUCCGGGAGCGGGACGUGCCGGCCGACCUGCUGGAGACGCUGGACGAGAGCGACUUCCAGCUCUUCGAGACCGUGACGACGAUCCCGGAUGAUGUGGACGCAAACGGCGAAUACUGCUUCGACGUGCCCAUCCCAUCGACGAUCGCUGUCAGCAAAGCGGACAUGAAGAUGGAGCUGAAGGGGGCUGGACUCACGCUCACCGACGAGUCCGAGGUGUCUAUCAAAAGCGAGGCUCUGCUGACGCUGGUGCAGACGGACAAGCCCAAAUACCAGCCAAGUCAGAAGGUGCUGUUCCGGAUCAUGACCCUGAGUCACGAGCUGACCGCCAUCAACAACGACCUGGAGGAGGUGUGGAUCUCGACACCCCAGGGCACGCGCCUCACCCAGUGGAAGGACGUCAAGACCAACACUGGCUUGGUGCAGCUGGAAAUGCAGCUCACCGAGGAGCCUCCGCUGGGCACCUGGACCAUCCACGUCAAGACGCCGCAGGAGGUGGUGUCCAAACGCUUCACGGUGGAGGAGUACGUGCUGCCCACCUUCGAGGUCAAGAUUGAGGCCCCGUCUAAGAUCGAGUCGGACGAGCGCACCGUCACGGCUCGCGUCUGCGCCACUUACACGUUCGGCAAGCCACUGGUGGGCGCCAACAUCACCAUCAACGCCACGUCCAGCGUGUCCUCCUUCCAACGGGAACGGAACCCGGAGCUGCUCAAGAACAUCUCCGACUAUCAGCUUAGUGACGAGAAGGGCUGCGCAGUCUUCGAUCUGCUGGUCAGCAAGCUGGGCAUCGGGAUCCCCAGGAUCGGGAGCGGCAAUUCGAUAACCGUGAAAGUCCUGGUUGAAGAGAAAGGCACGGGCCUGACGCAGGCGGCGAGCAAGGGCAUCAACCAGAAGUUCAGGUUCAUCAGUCUGCAGCGGAAAGACAAGAUCCAGUCGUACCUGAAGCCCAACCUGCCCUACUAUGGACGAUUCGAGCUGAAGCGCGGGGACGACACUCCAGCCGUCAAUGAAACCGUCGAGGUGUGCUACACGGCAACUUACAAGGACAGAGCGGCCAGCUCCAGUGACAAAAGCCCCGAAGCAGCUUCCCAAAGAUAUCCUCUACAAGGCCGCUUCCAAGUUCUCUGAGAAGAUAGACGCUGAGUUCGGCUACACGCCGCUGAUCUGGGAGACGGAGUCGCCCAAACGCCGAUCCACCAAAAAACAGUGUCGUGAAUAUCUCACGAACGAAGAUGGCCACAUUGUCUACUUCAUCCCCGCGCAAGCCGAGGACAUCGACAGCCUCGACCUCGAGGUAAGCCGUCGGAAUACACCACAAAG